AUGUCAAGCCUAACCGAGGACCAUGUAAGCCAACACCCAUCAUCCCAGUACCAGCCCAACAUCCUCAUCCUCACCCCAGGGCCAGACCUCCCCACCUUCAUCUCCGCCCUCACCGACGUAGGCCUCUCGCGCCUCCCACCCGCCAGCAUAGCCUCUUCCCUCCGCCUCCCGUCCUACCACGGCACCAUCUCAGAACACAAAGUCCUCCUAGAAUACUGCCGCGCAAUAACAAAACAGAUGAUCCAAACUACGCUCAUGCAAACGGUGUCCACGCCCAUACUGUUCCACCCCGACCUGAAUUCUCGGAACAUAUUCGUCUCGGAAGAGGAUCCAACGGUUCUGACGGCGAUACUAGACUGGCAGUCCUCAGCUAUACAGCCAGCGUUCUGGUACGCGGACUCCACACCUGACUUUGCAAGGAAAGAAGAAGUGGAAGUCGUUGCGAAGGAUGAUAGACAAGGGGAGGCAGGAGAUCAGGGACAAGAACAAAAACAAAAACAAGACCAAUCAGAAUACACGCCCUCAAGCACCCUCCGCGCAGAAGAAGCCUUCGACCACCUAAUCCACUCCCAUCUCCCCCGCGCAAUGCUCAUCCCCCUCACAAUGGACGAAGCCUACCUCCGCCCCUUCACCUACGGCCACAGAUCCUGGCUGCACGGGGCAGCCCCCUUCCGCGAAGAACUAAUCCAAACGUCGCGGCGAUGGGGGGAACUGGGUUUCUCGACAGUAGGCCCAUGUGCGUAUCCCAUGCCUAGCCGAGAAGAAUAUGCCGCGCAUUGGGAAAAGUACAAAGAGUUCGAGGCGCGGCACACCAUGAAGAUGGAAAUGCAAAGAAUUUUGGGUGUAGAGAGUGGUGGGUGGGUGUGGGCGGAUAUGUAUGACGUGACGAAUCAGGCGCAGAAGGAGUGGUUUGAGGAGGCGAUAAAGGGGGCGGUGGGGGAACGGGGGGAGAGGGUGUGGGUUAGUGAGGAUGGGGAGAGGUUGACGGAGGCGGAGAUUAGAGAUACUUGGCCGUUUGAUUUGGAGGAUUGA